AUGUCUGCACCAGAUCUUCCAACAGGACUCGAAAACUUACCACCUCGAGCAUCUACUCCAAGUCAAUCUGAUUCGAAUAGACCUCGAACUAGAAAAGGAAAGAAGGUUGAAGCAUUGAACACGGUAAAUGAAGGUGAAAUGAACAAUCUGCAAGAAAGAGAUGGUUCACAAACGACCAACCAAAUGACCUCGACUUCGACCGGUAAUCAAGGACCCAAUUUACCCGGAGCAGGAGAAGGUACUGGUGGUGAUGAAGAGAUGCGUCAAGAAGAGGUUGAAGUUGGUGAAGAUGAAUUACCGAAAUCGAGGUCCGUGGGGAACAUAACAGGAAUUGGUUAG